AUGUUCAGAUCGACAUAUUUCGUUGAACAGAAAACAAAUACUAGAAAACCUUGGAUCGACAAUCAACUCAUUCAACUAGCCCACAGGAAACGUAAAAUUUGGCACAAAUACAAAGAAACAGGCGAUCCUCACGACCACGAUGUUCACCGUUCUUUCUCCAAUGCACACUCCGAGGACAUCAGGAAAGCCAAACAACGUUAUAAAUCAAACCUUGUGAAAAAAGGCACGGAAGCAAUCUCAAAGUACACUCGAAGUCAACUUACAUCCAAAGUAUCUACACCUAUCAUUCGGGAUAAUGGAACAAUCUGCGACUCAAACUUCGGAGCUGCAGAAGCCCUAGCCAGAAAAUUCGGAGAAACUUUCACACCACCAUGCGAAAUACAAGCUGAAAACAAGAUUCUUCACAAUAUAAUUGAGGAGAAUACUUCAAAAUCCAAGCGAGUAAACAGUGCACUAGAAACACUCACCAGGGAUCUAAAAACUAAACUCGAUAGUACAGAAAAAGAGGUAAAAUCAUCUUAUAGUGGGGUAUCAAGAAAAUCAAAUAAUACUUCUAGUCCUCAAAACAAACUGUCAAUAAACAUAGCCCCCAACCUUCAACCUGGUAUAGCGGCAAAUAAAAAUAAAAUUUCAAAGGAAUCUAAUCAAACAACAUAUGAAACGCUCAGGCAGACGCAGAGAGAUGCAAUGGAUAGACUUAUUACUCUAGGUGAUCCAGAGGCCCCUAUUGCUUCACACUCUGGUGGUGCCUCAUCAGAAAUUGCUGAGAAUAGUCAUAAUGCUGAUGGUUUCAAACAGGUUAAAAGAAAAAGAAGAAUAGGAAGAGUAGUCUGUACUCGCAGUGUUUAUCAAAUCGUCGAACGCCAUCUUACCGGAUUUUUGCCCGAAUUGAGUCGCGAUUUAGAGAACCAGCAAGUUUCAUGCCUAAUGGAAAGAACUGUGGACGGCAAAGAGGCCGUCGCCUGUCAAGACUUGAAGAAGAUGUACUUCAUCUCGUUGAAGGAAUUCGAAGAGCAGGAACCCUGGGAAUUGCUCAAGCUUUGA